UGUUUCAUUACCAAGAGAGUGAGCGUGCCUGAGAGAGAGAGAGAGAGAGAGAGAUGGCAUUGAGGGCAGCCAUACUUCGCCACGUCCGAGUGCCGAUCCAAACCCUAACCCUAACCGGACCGAAACGGCAGGUACGGGGUCCGAACGGUGGAUCCCUCCGCUUCCUUUCAUCGCACGGCGACGAUCAUAUGACGAAAGACGAUGUCAUCGACAGAGUCCUCUCCGUGGUCAAGAGCUUCCCCAAGGUCGAUCCCUCCAAGGUGAGUCCUGAUGUACAUUUCCAGAAGGAUUUGGGCUUGGAUAGCUUGGACAAUGUGGAAAUUGUAAUGGCUCUGGAAGAAGAGUUUAAGCUGCAGAUUCCAGACUUGGAAGCCGAUAAGAUUGACUCAUGUCUUCUUGCGAUUGAAUACAUCUAUAACCAUCCAAUGGCUAGUUAAUUUGACAUAAGCAGUGCGUUCUGUUUUUUCUCAUUGAACUCUACAUGUAGAACAGUAAUCUGUUCAGCUUUUCUUUUGUCUGCUCUUUGAGUGCUUGUAGAAAUUUGAUCCCCAAAUUGUGGCGGAAAAUAAUUCGAAUCUUUUUGAAAAAGAGUAGCCUUUUCAGGACUUGGCUUUGUGAUCCUUCGACUUUAAAUAGUAAGGGUUUCUUUCAUUUCUAGCAAA